GGCAUUCCCCACCCGCUGCCAUGGGCUCUCCUGCCCCGCCUGCCCAGGUUGCUACAUGCUGGGACAGCAGUGGCCGUGCCUAUAUAAGAGCCUCGAGGAGUCAGCAGAGCUGUGCCAGGGUGGUUAAGCCGGGGCUGGGGUGUGUGCCAUGGAGGCCGAGGAGGCUGCAGUGGCGAAGGCGACGGUGCGGACCCCCAAGUGCUCCCGCUGCCGUAACCAUGGCUUCGUGGUGCCAGUGAAGGGCCACGCUGGCCACUGCCGCUGGAAGCUCUGCCUCUGCGAGAAGUGCUCCCUCAUCACCGAGCGGCAGAAGAUCAUGGCAGCCCAGAAGGCCCUGAGGCAGCAGGUGCCUGACCCCCCGGCUGGGGCAGCUGCAGGGCCCGCUCCCUCUGGUGAAGGCCCUGGUGGCACUGAGCAGAGAGGCCAUGAGGGCAUGAAGGGCACCCAUGAGGGGUCAAAGGGCACCCAGCCCACCGGCAGCAACAGCAAAGGUGCAGCGAGCAGGGGGCCAGCACCAUCUCCCAGCAGCCCUCCCUUCUGGGACUACGCUCACCCUGCUUUACCUCCAGAAUACAUGGUCAACCCAGAAUACCUGGAGAGAGAACCUCCAAAAGUGUACCCUGGGUAUUCUGGAGUAUACCCUUACCACCCAUUUCCCAUGGGAUUUGCCAUCAAUCAGCCAAGCUGUCGGGGAGCAUCAUCACCUCCAGGGAUACCACUUCAGAGAGGUUUCCGACACAUUGCUAGCAACUAUGGAGCAGGAAAUGUAACUUCUGUGUCAAUUCCAGAUGGAGGUGGAGAUUUCCAUCAAGGAUACUACGCUCCUCUGCCUCAGUUCAUGCCACCGAAUUUUCUGCCAGGGAUUCACUACCUUCCUCCUCCCCUUUCAUUGAACAUGUUGGCUGAAACAACCAAGGAAGCACAUGCUGCUGAAGCUGGCAGUCAGGAUUCAGAGGUGGUUCGUGAACAUGGCCAAUCAUCUUCUUUCCCAGAAGAAACAAGCAGAGACCAAUCUGUAUAUUCAAAACAGUAA